CCUCCGCAUCAGCAUGAGCUGGACACUUUUUUGUCCUGUUCAAGACAUCACUGCAUCACCUUGCUCCUUUCCAGGACCUGGGAUACAUCAACUCCAGCUGGCUUCAGGAGGAAACCAGAUGAAGGAUUGCGUGAUCACUUUCUACGAAGAAAAGCAUUUCCAGGGCCGUCGCUAUGAGUGUGACAGUGACUGCCCUGAUUUUCACACCUACCUAAGCCGCUGCAACUCCAUCCGAGUGGAGGGGGGUGCCUGGGUUGUCUAUGAGCGGCCUAACUUUGCAGGGAACAUGUUCGUUCUGACCCAUGGCGAGUACCCCGAGUACCAGCGCUGGAUGGGCCUUAAUGACCGCCUCAGCUCAUGCAAAGCCAUUCACUUAAGAUUCAAAGUAUGUUUGGAGAUACGAGACAGCAUGCUGCCUGCUUUCCCCAUUGACUCAGCUGGACACAGGCUCCAUCCCUUUCACUCAGUCAAACUUCCAGCUGCCUCAUGACGUGUGUGUGGCCUGCAUGGAUAGAGCUCGCUGUCUGUAGCAGGGGCUGGGAAGGACAGUGAGGAUGUUAAAUAAAGCCAAUUGCGUUUUGAUACAAGACUUUUAGUAGAGGCCAGAGUCCCCUACUCGUAGAGGGCAGAGUCCCCUUUUCCCCAUGCUGGAGGCAGAAAGGAGCAUGAAAUGGGUGGAAAUGGCUCCUAAGAACAGCCCCAGCUCACGGAGCGCUGUUCUUGCUUCUCAGGAACUUUAGCAGAGCAUGGGGAGCAGUCCCUCAACUGCCCAAGACUAGAGAGUACAAAAGGGGAAUUUUAAGCACAGUCUCACCUCAGGCACCUGCACUAAAUGCAGGAACAUUGGAUCUAAGAUUUCUCAUUCUACCAUGGUUGCAAAUUGCUCCAUCCAAGCAUUUAAGUAGCUCCUGCUAGCACUCGCAGAGCACAGGGCCUGGCCUUUGGAAUACUGGCGGUGCCCCUGCUUCACUGAGGAAUCCAUGCUUACCCACUCUUACACAGGAGUGGAAGUGAGCUCUAUCCUGCAGCUUGUGCUGGCACCAGCUCACCUUGUGGGCAACCUGCUGAGUCAGCAAGGGGCAGAGAACGCUCAAUAGUGGUGUGAAAGAAACAGCUGACACAAGGUGGAUGGGAAGGCUGGUUCCCUUCCAGAAGUUUAGAGGAAGGGAAUGUGGGGUAGCCUGGCACUUAGGCUGGCAGGGUGUGACAGGGUAAUUAAGGUGUCUACCCCGGAGUACAGGCAAAUGGGACCCUAAGUGAAGUGCAGGCAGUUUUCCCAGGGCAUCCCCGUUCCUCAGUCUAUGCUGAAAGCUCCCAUGGCUAUCAAAGGAGAGCACAGAGCUUGGCUGGCUUUUUUGCCCUUCUGGCACGAGGAACCCAUUGCCAUGACUAGGCUGUGAAGAGCAGGGAAGCUUUCAUCUGCCGCUGGCAUUCAUGUUACCCUCUCCACUGGCAGGGAAUAAAAGCCAGGAGCAUCAAAAGUACAGGCCAAAGCUGAUUUUGAAAGGGAUGCAGCUCAGCAGUGUUUCACUGAUGGUAUAGAGGACCCCUUUGCAGCGUCCUGCAUGUGUUGGUUGGAAAUGUUUUUAUCUGAUCAAAUGCUGCUUUGUAGCUCUGUAGUUCAGCUGCCCUAUAAACUAUUAAGUAUGGAAUAAAGAACAUCCCUAAAAACGCAGGUCACGGAGCAGGUGCGGGGGCCAUGGCAAUCAGUGUGCUUAACAGUGAUGCCCUGUAGCAACCAAUAACUGUAAACUAAGAGAUGAUAAACCAGUGUCCAGCCAGCUAGUGCCUAGAGCAUUGCCCCUGCCAGAGGAGGGAAAUCUAACCCAUUAAAUACUGCAUGCCUCCAUCUUCCAGAGGCAGGACUGGGGCAUGAGCAGCUGCUCCAGCAUUCUCUAGCCAGAGCAUACCUUCUUCUAGGGGGCUCUGGAACAGCUGGGUAGGCCCCGAGGACAGCACCUCCCCUACCACUGGUCUCAAAGAGCUGCCCCUUCCCGCUUGCUUUAACAGUGGUGGAGACCUGCUGAUAUUCUAUAAUUAAACACUGGGUGGAAGUAUUUAACUUGUAAUUCUGACUAUUAACCCAGUCGGCUGCGACCUGGUUUAGAGUCUUUGGCCUCCCGUGCUGCCUUCAUCAAUGCCAAGGCCUCGUAGCGGUAUGUGACUGCCUUCAACUGUGAUCAGUGCUUGAAAGAGCCAGCUGAUGGGGGCACUCAGCUAGGGGGUCAUUAGAUGAGUGUGAGCUAUGGGAAACUUCCCCACAUGGGCAUGGGACUCCAGUGCAUCCAAGGCAGCAGUGAAGCGUUCCUUUCCGGUGGGGAGGGCAAGAGGAACAGGCUGCCCUGAGGAGAGGCAAUUCAUCACCCCUAUGGGAAAUGGUGGCAUUCAGGCUGGUGCUGGUAACAGACCAGGGAGGGAGGGAUGAGGUGGGCCAGGUUGCACAGGAAGCUGGGAAUUAACACUCUUGUAGCGCUUAAGGCUAUUCAGUGCUUGAAAUCUCAGCAAAUAUAAUGCCUUGUACACGUGAAAUGCGAGUACAGGUUGUCACCAUCUCAUUGACUCCUUACUGCCCUGGGC